AUGCCAGCAUGGCUUUUGGUGUUUUUCAGCAACAUGUUCUUCGGUUGCGCAGGUUUCUCCAUUGUGUUGCCAACACUUUGGCCAUACUUGCGAGAGAUGAAUGCCAGCACCCGAUUUCUGGCUGCGGUCAUUGCAGCUUACAGCGUGGGUGAAGGCUGUGGAGGAUGGCUCAGCGGUUGUUUGUACAGCAGAUUUCCGAGACAGCCGAAGCUACUGCUACAAGGCGGGAUGGCGCUCGGAGUGCUCUCAGCCUUCUUUUACGCGAUUGCAAGAAAUUUGGGUCCUGCUGCCCCGUACAUCGUAUUGAUUGCGCGCUUCUUUUCCGGCUUUGACAAUGGUACGCGUCAGACCAUCGAGCAGACCUUCGUGGCCACGAAAAUUCCACCGCAACAUCAGACCACCUGCUCCUCGCGCCUGGCCAGUUGUGCCAUCACAGGCAUUAUGAUGGGCCCGGCCCUUGGGGCACCGCUCCAAGCGAUCAACAUGCAGAUCUGGGGGUUCGGCAUUGAUGGCAACAACAGUCCAGGCUUGGUGCUUUUGGUGGUUUGCAUCUCCAACCUGCUGGUCACGUCGUAUUUCUUCAAUGUGACAGGUCGGUCCUACUCCACUCAAGCGUCUGCGUGUGACACGGACGUUGAAAAACCCAACAUGAAAGGUUUGAUUGUUUGCUACAUGGUCUUCUUCGGGGUGAAUCUGAAUAUGGCUUCACUGGAGACCAUUACACCCGUGGUGGCACAGAGGCUCUAUGGUUGGGGACCCUGUCUUGAUCCAUCCACUUGCAGUUUCAAUAUAUCGCAAACCUACACCAACGCCCUCCUCACUGCUGGCGGUCUUCUGAGUUUGGCUAUGGGAGUUCUGAUGUCUUUCUGUGGUGGGAAGAUCUACAAGCGAGAAAUCUGGGCCAUCAGUUGGAGUUUGCUGGUCUCAGUAGCCAUCAACGUGGGCAACAUGGAUUUGGGCGGACAUCUGCCAGCCAUUCGCUUCGUGUCGGACUAUCUUCUGGGGGCGUUUUUUGGCUCCCUGGCGAGGGGACCCGGGAUUGCACUCAUGAGCCAAAUCAUUGGUCCGCAGCCACAAGCAGCUUAUAUGGGCGUGCUCUUUGUGGUUGGUGCAAUUCCUCGAGUUUUUGGCCCCUUUCUGUUUGUUGAGCUCUUGGAGGUGCCAAAAGCCUUGUACUUUGCGGACUACCUGCAGGUCUAUGAGGGUCAGAUUCCACGCACUUGGCUUCUUUAUGGAUGUCAAGCAGUUUUUUUCCUGAUCAUCCUGCUCAGCGUCCAGAUCUUCAGGUCUGAUCUGAAGCCGCACCCUGCUGGCCCGGUGGGCGCCUUGAAACAGACUUUGCUGACGCCCACGCCGAGUCAUGUCGGGGUGCAAAUUGCCGCGAGUCCGGGUACUCCCUCCUUAGUGAGAGAAGGCAUCAGCGGUCUCGAGGAAGUCUUUGGUCGAUCCAAGAGCUUUAUUGACCUCGUUAAAACACGCACAGCGACUCACCUGUUUCCAAAUUGUUUGUCUACUCGCCAAAGUCGUGGCGCCAUGCUCGCAGCCUUCCGUCUCCGCCAUGUCCGUCGACUCGGUGUGUCCCUGCGGCGACAUCAACGGCGUGAGUUGCGUUCGGGCGAAACGGGCGCCAUGACCUUUGAGAAUGUGGUGAAGGAUCUCCGUAGAAAAGGCCAGAUGCCCCGAAGAGGCGACGCCGUGCCAGAAUUCAGUGCCAAGCCUGGAACGGAUGGCGGUCCCGCAGGUGGAUUUGUAGAUAUCGAUGAAGCCUUAAUGGAAGAUGUGGAGGAUCUCGAGGAUGAUAUCAACGAAGAUGGCACGACCUCUGAGAACCAACUUGUUGAGUUGCAGGACUUCCAGGAUGCUGCCGAUGCAUUCGACGACAGUCAGCGGCAAGCAGUGGCUGCGGCGCGACUGGCCCGGCAGAAGGCUUUUGAAGAGGCGGCCCAGCUGAGUGAGGAGGAGCUGCGGCAGCGGGUCAAGAAGUCCAUUGAAGAUCUGGUGCCCAGUCGCAUCUCCGAUGAAGGACGAGCGGAGCUGGAUGAAGAUGAACUGACACCUGCACAGGUCUUCUACAUGGAAAACCGUGAACGAUUGGUGAGCAGGGCCCAGGAUUACUACCUGGAGAAGCAUCGCGAGUUGCAAAAGCAAGAAGAUGAGGUUGAGGAUGAGUGGCGAUACUACCAUGACCCAGUGGUGAGACCUGCCAAAGGACAUUUGUGGGCUACUGGCUUUGAAGAUGAUGGCGAACAUGGCAAAGAAGAUAUGUGGCUGGAAAGCGUUUCAACAUGGCCCAGGGGUUCCUUACCUACACCUGAGAUGUUGGCGGAUCUCCUUCGGGCUGAACAGGCGCAAGAUGUGCGCAUCAUCGACAUGAAUGAGUGCGACCGUCGAGACGUUGGGAUGUUUGUAAUCAUUGCAACUGGCGUCACAGCAAGGCAUUGUCGGAGAUUAGGACACAUCAUGUUUCGCGCCACGGAAGCUUGUCGCGCACCCUUCGUGGAAGCCUUCUGCUACGGCACCCGCGAGGACGAAUGGGUCGUGGCACAUUGCGGGCCUAUCAAGGUUCACCUCUUCACCCGAGAGAUGAGGGAACAGUAUCAGUUGGAGGUCUUGUACCGGAGUCCCGAGUACUUCUUCCAACCUGGCGAUUUCCCGCACUACAUCGAGGUCUAUGGUACUGCGAGCGAUGCGAUGAUGUUGAACGGAGAGACCCACGUGACCCAUUCCAUCGGAUCCCGCAGCGGCAAAGCGAUUCCCGCACCCUUCAGGGAUCAUUUGCAUAGCAGGUUCCACGACCUGGAUUACGAGGGCGUCGAGGACGCCCAUUUCCUCACACCGGUGCGCUCCUCCCGUGGCACCAUCGACGUGGAGGGGGGACCCAUCCAGGCGCCCAGCAGUCCGUGGCCCGAAGAUCGGGCUGAACGCACAUGGCCAUAUGAAGAAUAUGAGGAGGAGGAUCCCGAAGGAGAUACAGCUUCAGAAAGCGAAGGUGAAGAAUACGACCUUCAGGGAGAGAAGGACAACGUCGUUUCCAACGUCGUUUCGAGUGAUGGUGAAGCCGUUGGCAAGCCAACUAUGUCGCGAAAAGGAAGGAGCUUCGCAGACAGCGAGUCUGAUGGCGAUGCUGAGGAUGGUGAAGCUUUUUGGACAGGGAGGAACCGCAGGAGCUUCGCAGACAGCGAGUCUGAUGGCGAUGCUGAGGAUGGUGAAGCUUUUUGGACAGGGAGGAACCGCAGGAGCUUCGCAGACAGCGAGUCUGAUGGCGAUGCUGAGGAUGGUGAAGCUUUUUGGACAGGGAGGAACCGCAGGAAAACCGCUUUGGCCAACGAGACAAACUGUGACAAACAAGAUGCUACAGCUGCUCCUUGGCUCCCGGUGCCCGUUGCCACCAUCGGCGAACCGCGCGAUUGCCGCGCGUGGUUCGUUGGGGGCAUGGGUGCUGUGUGGUGGAUACUGCUAGCGCAGCUGCCAGUUGUCUCUCGGCAGGGAGGACCAGAGAGGCAAUCCGUGGCUGCUCAUUCAGCAGCUGCGGCACUGGCUGCGCUGCAAGAUGUACAGAGGAUUGAGCAGAGAAUUUUAGAUGACGAAGGGCGGCGGAUUUCAAGUGGCGAUGUGGGACCUUUGGAGGCAUACAGCUUUGUCCACCAAUCACUUGGUCUACUUUUCGACACCGCCCUUGCUGCUCUCCGCCAUGCAGUGGCUGCAAGUCCGCAGAAGGAACUCAUGGUGGAGGCAGCCAGCUUAGAACGGCAGCUGCGGGAGCUGCUGAUCGGCCAUUUUAAGGAGCCUUUGUUCUUUUGGCACGGUCCAAAGUGGCUGAUCAAGUCCAAGCUUUUGCGUUUGCUGGGCUCUGGGCCGUGGCAUGAGAAGCUCAAGGAGCUAAGCGAAGUCCCAGUAGUCGCUACAGAUUUGUUGGGAGACAAGGCAGCAUCAAAAGAGGCGGCGCAGCCACUUUUACAGGAUUCCAAAGUUCCCGCCAUCGGCCUAGCUGUGGAUGCUGCGCAGGCUGCGCACUUCUCGCCAUGGCUCUCCCUGGCCGCACCACAUCUUUGUCCCGAUGAUCCCCACGCCAGCAGUGUCGCGCCUUAUGCGGUGUUGCACUUGUUCGUGGACCGUGCUCAUGGCCUGCCUGCUGCUGACCUGAAUGGCUUAUCCGAUCCCUACGUCACGGCGCAGAUCAAUGACAUGGACGCUGGGUCUGCUGAGGACCUGGCCGUGCGGACGUCGACGCAGAACAACACCCUGGGGCCGCGCUGGUCGGAACACUUCGAGCUGAACGUCUAUCGCCCCGAGAGUAUUCUCACGCUCUUCGUUCACGAUGAAGACUUUGGCCAUGAAGAUACAGUGGGGUUUGCUGGAUCAUUGGUCGGGCUCAGCGACGAUCUCUUGGGGAUUGUUGAUAUUUCCCUGGAGAAAUUGCCGUUGAACACCAAGAUCUCUGGUUGGUUCGAACUCCAACGGGGCCAUUUGGGCCAUGCCACCAGCAGCUACCUCACUCGUGUGGCCAAUGCCAAGACAGCCGAGCCGGCGGGACAGAUCAGGUUGCAGCUGACGUUGAGCGUCCAAGAGCCGCAGCACGAGUUGUACGCCUUGUGUCUUGGGCCGCUUGCCUUCAAGGAGCCCAUGAAGCCACUGGAUCUCGGAGAGCUUCUGAGUCACGUAAGCAGCGUGGCACAUCACCUUGGUCUGGUAGGGGAAGUGGCAGGGCCAGUGAUUUUCUGGGCCCAGCGCUUGAGCUCUGUGGUCUUUGGCACUGCGAUCCUGUUGGUUUGGAGGCCUCACUACAUCCUGCCCCUGAUCCUUCUGACUUUGUGCAUCCUUCUACAACACUCCAGCCCCGAUGCUGAUGGCGAUGGCUCCGCACCGGCUGCGCCUGCCAAGCCUUCCAGAGACCCUGCGUUGAGCAAGGUCAUUAAGGCAGCUGAAACGGGUCUACCAGCGCAUCAGUACAAUGACAUCUCCUUUUUUCAGAACAAUUUGGGUGCCUGCGUUGAGAGCAUCAUGGAGUGUAGACGACUGUGGCAGCAAGCAGUGGCACACAAGUUCUCCGUUUGCGCGGCCUUGGGCGUUGUGGAUGUGUCGUUGAUCUAUUUCAGUGCCUGGCAGGACCUGCUUCUUCGCAUGGCUUUGACCUCUGCAUUUGCCUUCUUACUGGCCAAACACUCAUGUGUUGCUCGCGUGAUGAGGGCGUUGUAUAUCUACAAAUCGAAGGACACGACCCUGAGCUCUGGCUGUUUCGGCCUGGGAGUGACCUUAGAACCCCUGGCGCUGCCACACCGCGGUGCACCGGUGGCGCGGAUGGUGACCUGUCAUCUGACGCCCAACGCAACGGCACAGCUCAGCAACAGCUCCCCAAGUGCUACGUCCAACAGCAAUAGCACGCCGGCGGCCAAACCAUCCAUGCAUAUCUUGGAAGAAACUUCGUGUAGCGAGCCCACUUGGUGUAAACAUUGCGGAGGCUUUCUUUGGGGAGUGUACAGGCAAGGAUGGACCUGCCGUGAAUGUGGAGUCGUUCUGUGCCAUGCCUGGGGAAGUUGUAACUUGGUGGAGGAGCUCACUGCCUUGUCACAGCUUGGCAAGGAGUCCGGCAAGGCUUCGAAGGUCCACCUGCUGAUCCUCCCAUGUCCAGAGGAGACCUUAAAGAAGAUCCGGGACGCGCUGGUGGCGGCGACUGGUCUGCCCAAGCUCUUCGUCUCCGUGUCGCUGCCGGGCGAGCUGUUGGAGGCUGCUGGGCCCGGUCCAGAGGCGAUGAAGCCGGAGAGAAUCGCGAAGCUGAUGGAGGACUACAUCCGCGACAUCCAAAAGGCCGUUGGCUUGACGAUCGGCCUGGUGUGGAUGCCAUAUGCUGCCUUCAAGAAACAAUUCUGGCCUGGUACACAGAAGAUGCUCGGAAAGACUCGAAGCUGGGACUACGGCAUUCACGCCGAGGUGAGCACCCCCGCGGUGGCCAAGAAAUUGUUGGACCGUUCUCCAAAGCCAACGGCUUGGCUCACCAGCGAUGAUUUUCUGCGACCAGCGAACGAGGAGGCAGUGGCAGCAACGUUGCAAGCGGGCAUCGCGUGCGUUUCCUUGCCCCGAAAGGAGGCGGUGGCCGCGAACCUGACGGCUUUGUACUUCAGUGAUGAGGCUUCAUGGCCCCUCCCUUGGGCCUGGCACCGUGGGCUCACGGCCAGCGUGCCACUGGGGGCGACAGCCACGCUGAAGGCACCUCAAUUGGAACUCUUGAAAGCCGUUGCCUUUGCAGCCAGUCAUCUGGACUUACCUGCCAAGCCCACGGGAUUCCCCUUGCAGGCAGCCUUAUACGAUGCGCGAUCAACCUUGAAGGCAGCCGAGGUUUCCAUUGGCGUGCUACCACCUUCGACGCCACCGGAGACGAAGUCGACGUUCUCUCCAGGAGUGUCGACGAAGACACUCACAGGCCUAGACGAGAAAGCAAAGAUCUUCAAGGCGAACGAUCACAUCAUCUACGCCGAAGACUUCUUCGACGUGCCCACUUUCGCAGCCAUCAAGGAAGAGACCCAGCGCUUGUGGCGUUCCACUGAUAUCGAGGCCAACUGCAACCUCGAUGGCAAGAACCGUCUCGGAGGUUACAUCAUGGAUUUGAUUCCGCAGAACUCCAGCUUGUACCGCCUGAUCUACGGCAAUGAUCCGUUCCGGCAGUGGGUGUCAGCUGUGAAUGCGGAGGGACCCAUGUGGCCCUCAGACUUCCCCAUCGAGCUACGCGAGUACGGGAUGGACAGCAAGGGCAUGGGUUGCCACCCUGACCUGCAAAUGUACAAGGUGCCGAGAAAAGACUUGGAGUUCGCGUUCACGGUGGACAAUGACUCCCGGUGUAAUGUGACUUUCUGGGAUGCUGCCGGCAAGCUGCAUAGCGUGCAGACCAAGCCCAACUCACUGAUGAUGGUGGGUGUGAAUGCUGCCACACAUUGUGUGUCGCCAACCGAGGGCGGCUCUCGUUCGAUUCUGAAGUUUAUUUACGUUGGAGACUACCGAAAAUCCAAUCAGUUUUGGCAUUACACAUCGAAUGAGUGUGAUGACACAAAUCCCAACCGUCAGAUGUUGGACGAUCGACGAGCUCAACGUUUGCGUGAGGUACGAUCGGCCGAAUUGUAA